CGGCAUUACGGUGCGGACAGGUUUUAGGUCAUCAAUUUAUUAGUCAGACAGUUUGGGACACGUAUGAAAACGAAAGUAACAAAAAGCGAUUAAGCAAGUUUAUCAGACUGUAUUUCGUAUUAACGCAGACUUAAAAACAGAUCUACUCAAGGGAUAUUAUUUUCAGUGAUAACUAGAAAUCAACGAAAAUGAUGGGCAAAAGUUUUUUCAUUGAACUUUUAUGUGUGUUUAUCAGCGUGCAUUAUAUAUCAGGAUCCAAAUCUGACCGUGUACUCCUGACUGAUGUCAAAGCCUUAACAUUGGAAAAUGGCAAGAUGACAAAUUAUCGAAGAACUUCACCAGUACCACAAUUGAAAUGUGUUGGAGGGAGUGCUUCCGGGGCUUUCAAGCCUCUGAGAGUACAGUGUAUUAACCAAGGCUCUGAUGGUAGUGAUGUUCAGUGGGAAUGUAAGACAGAUAUGGAUAAUAGUUACAGAUUUGGCAAGGUGGAAGUAACAUGUGAGGGAUAUGACUAUCCUAAUGAUCCUUAUAUUCUCAAAGGCUCUUGUGGGUUGGAAUAUACCAUAGAUUAUACAGAAGAGGGAUGGCAAAGAAAAAAUCACGGUGGAAGUCAUCAAUAUUCAGGGGGUAACAAGUACCAUGAUGAUAACUACCAUGACAGAUCUAACUAUCAAACCAGCUAUUCAAAGAAAGCAUCAUCUGUUUUCCAAGACUUAUUCUACCUUGCUUUAAUAGCUGGUAUAAUAUACAUCAUCUACAAGACUUGUAUAGCCACACCCACCAUGAAUAGUGAUGCUCCGCCUCCAUAUGAUGCUCAUGAUCCGCCCAGAAAUCCCUCUGCACCGCCUCCACCAUAUGGAUUUCGAAAUGAAUACAUGCCAGGUACUGGAGAUGGCAUGGGGGGAGGUGGAUGUUCCUCAGGAGCUGGAUAUACAGGAGGUCAAACAUACACAGCACCUGGCACAGGUACUGGAGGUGGGUUCUGGUCUGGAGCGUUCACUGGUGGAUUAAUGGGAUAUCUCCUUGGUAACAGAAACAGUAACUACCACACCGGUUAUCGCCAGAGGCCCUAUACAAGUUGGUGGGGUGGUAACAACUGGGGUACAGGAUGGGGAUCAGGCUGGGGAUCUGGAGCAAGUAGAGGCUGGGGCUCGAACACAUACACGUCAACACAGUCAAGCUCUGGAUUCUCUUCAGCACCAAGAAGCUCAGGCACAAGAACAGCUUCCGGCUUUGGGGGAACCUCAAGGAGAUAAACUUUUAAAGCAGAUUUUGCUUAGCAUUGCAUAAUCAUUCAACAUACAAAAUAUAUUGUAUAAUAUAUGAUAUUUAUUGGAGAGGGUUGACUUGACUUUUAAAACUUAAAUUUUCUCACUAACACAUUUAUGGUAGAGAUAUUAUUUUACUGACAAUUUACUAACAUUCCUAGGAAUGCAUGUACAUGUAGUAAGUGAGAUUGUAAGUCUGAACAUUUUUGAAUAAUAUUAAAGUAAUUGUUUAUUAUACUGAGACAAGUUGAUCUAAGAAUGAUACAUUGUAUUUAUAUUUACAACUUACAUUUAAAGAAAAAAAGAGAAAAAAAUGGUUAGUGAGUUAUUUAAUCAAGUAGAGCUGUAUGGGGUCUAUCCAUAUGUUAUGUUGAUUAUGGUUUAUGUGAACAGACAAUCUUUAUAAGAAGUCAACUAUAUUGCAAAAUAUUUAUUUUUAUGGAUAGGAAUGUUUAUUUGUUGUUGUUUGUGUGUUAUUUAAACCUAUCAUGACACUUAUUUUAUUGUUGUGCAAGAUAAUGUUUGUUUAUUUGAUUUCUAUCACUUCAUUAAUGCUAUAUGACACUUAUCUUGAAUUCCUUACUUGUAUUCCUAUACUUUAACCAUGUUUGUUUAGAGAAUGUUAGUGCCUUAGUGUUGUUUGUUCCCCCACCCCCUUUAACCUGAAACUACAGCAAACCUAGUUACUUUUAAAACCUAGCUCCUUUCUUAAAUUGGAUCAAUGCUAUUUUAAUCUGCAUUGUUUGAAAGGACUGGUUUUAUAAUGUUUAAUAAAGUAUCAGAUUGUCCACUUAUCUAUUGUGUUAGCUUCUUGAGGAUUUUAUAUGUGAUACUUGUAGUACUGAGAGAUUUCCCUGUCUACAGUGUAUUAUAACUGUAUAAGUGGUUCAUUUUGCGACAUGGAAAUAUUUACGACUUUUUGCGAAUUGAAGUUAAUUGCAAAUAUUUUUAAUCAUGCAAAAAUUAUUUCUUUUUUUGGCAAUUUUUCUUCUAUCAUUUGCAAACAUAUUUUCAUAAGGCAUCUUACAUGAACAAGUUAGACUAUUCAGGUACUGUGAUUUUUUUUCUCAUUGCUUGUUUGUUUAAGUUUGACCUUAACAAAUCACAAAUGUUUUAAUGAAACAAUAUAUGUGUUAAUAAGACAAUAGGUUAUUCAUAAAACUAAAGAAUGUUUCAAAAUAUGACAAAGAAAUGUGUGAUUAGAACCUUUAUGAAACUAACAAUGUAUAUUUCAAAAAAAUAUAUAAAUAAAGAUAUUGAACAACUGAAUAGAACAAUUACAAUAACAGCAUAUUCUGAACAUGUACCUGCUUAAUUAAUGAUAUCCCAAAAAACAGUAUUAAAUUCAAGAAAUCAUAUUUUCGCAAAUAUUUCCGCACGCAAAAAGUCCACUUUUUGACAUUGGCAAAAUUUAUGUGACUCAUAAAUAUCCACUUAUACAGUAUUUGUUUUAUCUUUUACUUUAGUUGAUCAUUAUAGUGUUUAAUUGUUUUUAUUACCUGUGAUAAUACUUGAAAUAUUACUUAAUGUUUGUGUUAAAAUGUAUAUAGUAUAUGGUUCUAUUAAAGAUAAUAUCACCAA